AUGCGGGCAGCUAAAUCGACGGAAAAAAGACAAUCACUCAAUAGGGAACCUUAUGUAGAAAAUUUUGGAUCUGAUAAUGUGGAAUUUGGCACAGCAAUCGACAACGAAAUUUUCCUCAUACCAAAUGACACAAACACAAAUGAUUUGGAAAAUGAUGUGGACAUGGAUGAUGUUUUGAGAACAUUAGAUGACACACAAGGAGUGACUUUUGCAAGUGAUGAUGAUAUUGACACAGAAGAUGUUUUUAAGAUACUUGAAGAAACUCAAGGUCUUGAAGAACCUUUUGAAAGUGAAGCCAGUGUAGAAACGGAAGAUGAUUCUGACAAGAUGUUGAAUGAUAUUUUGGAACGGUGA